AGGGUCGACCCAGUCCGUGCCAAAAUCUGAUAUAUCUAUAUCCAUUUCCAGCGGCAGCACACCCAGCAUUCAAGCAUCUCUUAAGCCUCCCUCUCCUAUCCUUUGAGCAUAAGAAAAUUAUACACAAAAAUGGAGCGAGGAAAAGAGCAGGGAAUGGUGGUGAUGCCUCAGCAAAACCCUUUGGAACAGUUGCAAGCUAAGUUCAAGGAAGUGGAGACCAGUUUCAGAGGAUGGCUAGCCAAGCAGUCCUUGCCCGUCGAGGCGGCUGUUGUAACCACCACCAGCGCUGCUCAGGGUGCUGCUAUCGGUGCUUUCAUGGGUACCCUCACCAACGAUGUCUCCUCCUCUCUUCCAACUCCCCCUCAGGCUUCCCUCGAUCCUCAAGCCAUGGCUUCUCUCAAGCAAGCCCAGGCUCUAUCAGGAGGCCCCCUGAUACAAGCUCGGAAUUUUGCUGUGAUGACGGGUGUGAAUGCAGGCAUAUCUUGUGUUAUGAAAAGAUUGAGAGGAAAGGAGGAUGUCCAAUCUAGCAUGGUGGCGGCUUUCGGCUCUGGGGCAAUGUUUUCUUUAGUGAGUGGUAUGGGUGGCCCAAAUCAGAUUGCAAAUGCAGCUACAUCUGGUCUUUUUUUCGCCCUUGUUCAAGGUGGCCUUUUCCAGCUAGGUCAAAAGUUUUCUCAACCACCUGCCGAGGAUAUAUACUAUUCCAGAACAAGAUCCAUGUUAAGUAGUCUUGGCUUGCAGAACUACGAGAAAAACUUCAAGAAAGGCUUGUUAACGGACAACACAUUGCCUUUGCUCACUGAUAGUGCUCUUAGAGAUGUGAAAAUACCACCCGGACCCAGGCUCCUUAUUCUCGAUCAUAUUCAGAGGGACCCAGAAUUGAAAGAGAAGCAAGGGCGACGCCGGUGAGCUUCUACUAUCAAGCUGUUUCUCCAUUAAGGGGCAUUUUCCUAUCCAUCUGAAACUAAAGAACAGGAGCCAGCUUGUAUCAUUUCCAUUGGAAAUGAAUUUCUUUUCUUUAUUUCAUGCUGUCAUUAGGAUCCAAUUUGGAUAAACAUGGUUGUUUAGGAUUCUUUAAACAAGUUUUCCUUCUAGCUUUAAUUUGUUAAGUAGUUUCAGUUGGUGUUAUACUAAAUAUCUUUAUAAAAAUCCCAUAUGCAUGAGGUUAAGGCA